UUUCAUAUAUUAAAACCAUAUAAGUUUAGAGUGAAAUAAAAUUAUAAAAUGUUAAGUAAAGUUCUUUUGUUGUUGGCUUGCUGUCUAGCGGUGGUUUUGGCUUCUCCAGUUGAUCUGGAUAUAGAGAACCAACAAUUGGAUACGUUGCACAGUGAGUUUGCACCACUUCGCAGACAAGUACGUUCACCAGAUGGACACGUAGACUUAACUUACUCAAAGGAUCAAUUUGGACGACAGGCUGGUGUGGAAUAUGGGCAAAAUAUUUACCGAAGUGAUAAUGGUCGUUUCAAUGUUGACGCCUAUGCUCAAGCAAGUAGAAAUUUUGACUAUAAUCGCAACAAUUUUGGCGGUGGCAUUAGAGGAUCAUGGCGUUUUUAAAAUGCGACACAUGAAAAUUAAUUCAAGACAAUUAUAAUCAAUGAAAAAUGCAAUAACUAUAUUGUUUUGAAGUGAAAUAAAGUAUUAAUUAUUUAAAUAUAUAUACCAAAUAUAUAAUACCAA